AUGCAGUACGCCGUGCUCAUCGCUUCCCUGGCCAUUGGUGCCAUCGCCACUCCUCACCCUCAGGUCACCCCCGCCCCCAAGGCUCGGGACAUCCAGAGGCGUUUCGACGUCCCCGCCUCUUCCGGCUCCUCCGCCCUCGAGGAUGUCCAGACUAUCGCCGCUGGCGACUCCUUCGAUGGAGGCAUGUACGUUUACGACCGUGGUGUCGACUGCACCGGUCAGGAUGAGGGUGGCGACUCCGACGCUGUCUUCCAGAUCGAGGAGGGCGGUACCCUGAAGAAUGUCAUCAUCGGCCCCAACCAGAUCGAGGGUGUCCACUGCCAGGGUGCCUGCACUCUCGAGAACGUCUGGUGGAGCGCGGUUUGCGAGGACGCCUUCACCAUCAAGAACCAGGACGCCGGUGACACCACCUACAUCAAGGGCGGCGGUGCCUACGGUGCCGAGGACAAGGUCCUCCAGCACAACGGUGGCGGUUCCCUCGAGGUCUCCGACUUCACCGUUGAGGACUUCGGAAAGCUGUACCGCUCUUGCGGAAACUGCGAUACCAUGUACGAGCGUCACAUCACCAUCACCGGCUCCACCGCCACCGAUGGCAAGACCAUCUGCGGUAUCAACUCCAACUACGGUGACUCUUGCACGAUCACCGACACCACCACCUCUGGUGUCGAUGAUGUUUGCGUCACCUACACCGGUACCGACGACAACGACGAGGAGCCCGAGAAGAACGACGACAACGGUGAUGGUUGCGACGGUACCUACUGUAUCUGCUAA